AUGAUGCAACCAGAGCUACUUCUGCCCUCGUGGCCAAUCUUCGAUUUUUGCGAGAUUGAUGGCUUUGAUUUCUCUUCUUCAUUCGCCUCCCCGGAAGAAUAUUCCUCCGAAAUUUCCUCAAAGUCAAAUCUCCGAAACACGUUCCAAGAUGAGUUUUUUGAUCUAGAAAAUUUGGGUGAUGAAAUCCACAUAUGCUCGGCUAUGGAAGAAAUCUGUGAAUGGAUAAACGGAGACGAAACAGAAGGGAACUCUUCGUCUCCGAUAACGAUUGAAGAAGAUGAAUGGAGUCCUUCUCUUUGUCAAGAAUCGAGCCGUGAUUCGACACUGCUUCCUAUUCAUAUUACAGACAUGUCGUUGGUAUUUCCGGGUGAUGACGUGACAGUGGACGAUCAUUUGAGCCUACUUCAUCUGUUGAGGGCUUACGGAGAAGCUGUAGAGAAUGGGGAGAAGAAACUAUCCGAGGUGAUUGUAAAAUCGAUAAACAACAAAAGUAGUCCACAGGGGAACACCGUGGAACGCGUUGCGUACAAUCUAUUCCAGUCCGGAGAAAGCCGAGGAGAGUUCUUGAGAGAGGAGUCGAUCAAGAAUAUCGAAGUGGCGUUCAAUGUGUUGUACCAAAGCCUCCCUAAUGGGAGAUUUGCUCAUUUUGCAGCUAAUUCGGCUAUUCUUGAAUCUAUUCCGAAAGAUGCAGUGGCGAUACAAAUAGUGGAUUUCGAUAUGGGAGAAGGGAUUCAAUGGCCUCCAUUGAUCGAGGCUUUGAGUAAGGGGAAAGUGAAGUUGAUGAAAAUUACGUCGGUAAAAUUAGAAGAGGAAUCCGAAUCCACCUCUUCUUGUUGGAGCUUCGAGGGUACGAAGAAACGGCUUUUAGCUCACGCACGGCAGUUUGGUGUGGCGUUGCAAAUUGAAGAACGAAGAAUCGAGGAUUUUGCUAGUGAAAUGAUGGUCAAAAGUGGAGAGUGGGUGGUGUACAAUUGCACGGUGGGGCUUCCACACAUGGUAAGGAGAAGGUCAAGAAGAAGUGUUAAUGAAUUUCUUAAGGUAGCUAAAGAAAUGUUAGCUAAUUAUGGAGGAAUAUUGAAUAUUGGAGAUGGAGAAGAAGUAGGGGAGAGUUUGAACAAUUUUGCUUCGUAUUUUGCGAAUUUUGUGAGGCAUUACCAAGCCGUGUUUGAAUCGUUGGAGGGGAAUUGUCCGGUGUAUCUCGCAGAAGCAAGAACGGCUAUGGAAAGGCUCUUUCUAGCACCGUUUAUGUGCCCUUUGGCUUGGUUUCAAGAUUGGGAGGAGAUGAGAAAAAGUGGUGUUUUUCGAGAAGAAUCUUCUUGGCUUGAAGGGCGAAAGAUUAGCCAAGAAAACUUGGCUGAAGCUAAGGUGAUGGUGAAUGAAAGAGAGAGUUCGUAUUCGGUCAGAAUCGAGAAGCUGAGAGAAAAUGAGAUGGUGUUGCAAUGGAAGGGCACGCCACUUGUACGAGUUUCCACUUGGAUAUGA